GAAACCUCUCCUUCAAGUCAAAAACAAACAAGGAGGAGGAGGAGACAUGAUGGCGAAUUCACAGACGGUUAUGCUUGUGAUCAGAUCAGCACGGCCGACAUUUCGAAACAACCGCGAUAAAGUGGCUUUCGUAGUCCACGCUUCCUUCGUCACCUCUGGUUUCAGACUCGUCGCGAUCGGACGGCCUGCGUUCGCUGCAGACGCUCUAACUUCCUCUCCUGCUCAAGGCGAAGUUGGGAUCGAGGGGUGGAACGAGUUCGAAGAGUACGCGUUUGUGUAUGCGAAAGGAUCGAAGAAGUUUCUAGUUAAGUGUUUUGCCAUAGAGGAUAAGCUUCUUGUUGAUGCUGUAGAUGAUGGUGGAAAAGAACCUGCUCAUAUCGAGAUAGAAGUUGACAAGUAUGCUGCUGAGUCUGGAGUGGAGGGUGAUAACGAUGCACAGUUCAAGAACUUGGAGAAGUUAGUCACUGAUUUGCAGAAUCGGAUUCUCUACAAGCUUGAUGAAGGACUUAAACCUGUUGUUGCUUCUACGUCCCAGACCAGUUCGGAGAGUAACAAAGUGUCUGAGCCUGGAUAUUACAGUCGAAGGUGGCCUGUUCCAACAGGCCCUCCGGUCUUUGGUGGUUUUGGCGAUGGGAGGAGCAUGCUUGUAGGACCUAAUGAUACUCGCAUGUUUCCCGGAUUUGGUGAUCAUCCUAACUUCAUGAUACCACCAGAACCGGGUGUCCCACCUCCUGGUGUUCGGUAUGAUCCACGUCCACAUAAUGGCCCAGAUUUUGGCCCAGGUUUUGAGCCAGGCCCGUUCAGAAGGCCUCCUCCAAGGAGGCCAGAAGAUGUUCAUCCCGAUCUUCAGCAUUAUCGCCGCGGUUAUGAUGCAGGCUAUAUAGCCGGUUAUGAUGCAUUCUAUAGAUUAGCCCAUAUGCAGUCUAAAGGAAAGCCAUCUUAGAAAAAAAAAAAGAAGCACAAAUUCAUCUUUGUUUUAAUGAUAUAAGCUAUAUUUGCUUUGCUUUUAGUCAAUAUUUCCCUAGCUGUUUAUUUCUUUCUUUGGUUCUGUUGCAUAGCUGCUUAUAUUUAUAACUUUGAUAUAUAUAUAUAAAGUUUUGUUUUAUUUCGCU